AUGGACCCCGAAUACGACUACCUGUUCAAGCUGCUUUUGAUUGGAGACUCAGGCGUGGGCAAGUCGUGCCUGCUCCUGCGGUUCGCUGAUGACACAUACACCGACAGCUACAUCAGCACCAUCGGGGUGGACUUCAAGAUCCGGACCGUUGAGCUAGACGGCAAAACCAUCAAACUUCAGAUCUGGGACACCGCUGGUCAGGAGCGGUUCCGGACCAUCACUUCCAGCUACUACCAGGGGGCCCACGGCAUCAUCGUGGUGUAUGACGUCACCGACCGGGACUCCUACGCCAACGUGAAGCAGUGGCUGCAGGGCAUCAACCGCCAUGCCAGCAAGAACGUCAGCAAGCUCCUGGUGGGCAACAAGAGGGACCUCGCCACCAAGAAGGUGGUGGACGACACCACGGCCAGGGAGUUCGCAGACUCUCUGGGCAUCCCCUUCCUGGAGACAAGUGCCAAGAAUGCCACCAACGUCGAGCAGGCGUUCAUGACUAUGGCUGCUGAGAUCAAAAAGCGGAUGGGGCCCGGGGCAGCCUCAGGGGGUGAACGGCCCAACCUCAAGAUUGACAGCACCCCUGUCAAGCCAGCUGGCGGUGGCUGUUGCUAG